AUACUUUACUUUAGUUUAAAUUUUAUUUAUAACAAAUCCAUGCACACAUUAUUUUAUACACAUAUUAAUCACUGUCAAACUCUUCAUCAUCAUUUAUGUUCCACAUAUUCUGCUUGACUUCUAAGUUCAAACUUUGCAUGUUCACUUCAUUACUACUACUACUUCUGCUGGGUAACUCAAUGUUUACAGUUUUUACAUCAUCUUUGUUUGUCGAAGAGGGUGCUGCUAGAGAUUUUAACUGCAUCCAUUCAAGGUCUGUAUCCACAAUUGCAGAAUUUAUUUUUUCAAGCAGAUUAUACAAGACCUUUUCGGUAUAAUUCAGUUUCAACAAAACUUUCUUAUUCAUGUUCAUUUUGUCUUCCGUUUUAAAAGCACAACUACGUCAAUUGUUGUUUUAAUAUUUAUUUACUUAGGUUAGACUGUCAAACUUUUCUCAUAGAAAACAAUAAUGAAGUUAGGCAAUAGUACUUUCAUAUAAUUUUUGUUAGUUACCCAAUUAGAAAUUACUUACUUGAGCUUAUAUUACUAAAUAUAUUUAGUCAAAAAAAAUGUGUUGCAAACAUAAUGUAAUAUUUUGCAAUAAAAUUAAAUUUUACACUGACUCUCAACUAACUUCAAGUCGCCUAGUGUCACCGGGUGCUUAACCUCAAACAUCCAGUUGGAAUUUAAUUUUCAGUAAGAAAAAUUAAAUAAUCGCCAGGAUGGUUGUAAGACAGUAUCAACAAGAGCUCGAGUAUCUUGAAAAAAUAAACCCCUAUUGCUGGCGCAUAAAGAAGGGCUUUCAACCCAACAUGAACGUGGAGGGUGUAUUUUAUGUUAAUCAAACCCUUGAAAAACUGAUGCUUGAAGAGUUAAGGAAUGCCUGCAGACCGGGAAUGGUGGGAGGAUUUUUACCGGGCGUUAAACAAAUUGCUAAUGUGGCUGCUUUGCCUGGGAUUGUUGGCAAAUCUGUUGGUUUGCCCGAUGUACAUUCUGGAUAUGGUUUUGCCAUUGGUAACAUGGCAGCCUUUGACAUGGAUGAUCCGAAAUCUAUUGUGUCACCUGGUGGUGUGGGCUUUGACAUAAACUGUGGAGUGAGAUUAUUGAGAACAAACUUGUUUGAAAAAGAUGUGUUGCCAGUAAAGGAACAGUUAGCUCAAGGUUUAUUUGACCACAUUCCAGUGGGGGUAGGUUCCAAAGGUAUUAUACCAAUGAAUGCUAGGGAUUUGGAGGAAGCACUGGAAAUGGGAAUGGACUGGUCAUUAAGAGAGGGCUACAUUUGGGCUGAGGACAAAGAACAUUGUGAAGAGUAUGGAAGAAUGUUAAAUGCAGACCCUGCAAAAGUCAGCACAAGGGCAAAAAAGAGGGGUCUACCUCAGCUUGGAACAUUGGGGGCAGGCAACCACUAUGCAGAAAUCCAAGUGGUGGAUGAAAUUUACGACAAAUGGGCUGCCUGCAAAAUGGGUAUUGAAGAAAAGGGUCAGAUUUGCGUAAUGAUCCAUUCGGGUAGUCGAGGGUUCGGCCAUCAGGUGGCUACAGACGCUUUAGUUGAAAUGGAGAAAGCCAUGAAACGCGACAACAUUGAAACAAAUGAUCGACAAUUAGCUUGUGCUAGGAUUAAUUCAAAAGAAGGACAGGAUUAUUUGAAAUCAAUGGCUGCUGCUGCCAAUUUCGCCUGGGUCAACAGGAGUUCCAUGACGUUUUUAACUAGACAAGCAUUUGCCAAACAGUUUAAUUUGGCUCCUGAUGAUCUUGACAUGCAUGUAAUUUAUGAUGUUUCUCACAAUAUUGCCAAAGUUGAGCAGCACAUUGUUGAUGGUAAACAAAAAACUUUGUUAGUCCACAGGAAGGGUUCGACGCGUGCUUUUCCACCUCAUCAUCCCUUGAUCCCAGUUGAUUAUCAAUUAACGGGACAGCCUGUUUUAAUUGGUGGUACCAUGGGUACUUGUAGUUAUGUUUUAACUGGAACUGAACAAGGAAUGUUGGAGACGUUCGGAUCAACUUGCCAUGGAGCUGGUCGUGCUUUGUCAAGAGCGAAGUCUCGUAGAAAUUUGGACUACACAGAUGUACUAAAGAAGUUGGAGGAAAGUGGCAUAUCUAUUAGAGUGGCAUCUCCUAAAUUAGUCAUGGAGGAAGCUCCAGAAUCUUACAAAAACGUUACAGAUGUAGUAAACACCUGUCAUGCUGCUGGUAUCAGUAAAAAGUGCAUCAAACUUAGACCAAUUGCUGUGAUUAAAGGUUAAAAUCUUAACUAUCUCAAAAAAGACUAAUAAUUAAAUACUUUUAUUUAUUGUAUCUCUGAUUGAUUGAUAUAAAUAUUAAUUAACUUGCAUUUAAUUCAAUCCUUUUGUUAUGUAUGAAAUGUAACAAUAAAAUGUUUAUACAUA